AUGGGCAACUACCUAUGCUCUCUGUACGGAUCCUUCUGGCAGUACAUCAUGACGACUGUGCUUCGUUUUCUCAGAGAACUGAAACGUUUGAUAACAGGAAGACGUGAAUAUAUACUAAGAGAAGACGCUACAAUUACGCUGCCAGACGACACAGUGGAUGCGUCUGCCUUCGAGGCGCAUGAGACUUUCGUGACUCAGACAUCAGGGAUCAAUGCUUUGAGCGCAAGGAAUGAUACAUCACUUUAUUUCGAUGGUGAUAAACUGGAGGAUUCACGAGCUGCAGACAAAUCGCCCUUGUCGGCUUCAAUUUCAGUAAUCGCUGACGAGUCGCAAUUAAGCGAGGUUGUCGAAAUUAACCCAAUUAAUGACGAUCACACCCCAAGAUCUCACAAGCCACAGGAUUCAACUGAGAACAGAUUCUGCUUAGAAGAUGAAGACUCGCCAGGCAGGAAAACACCAACUCCAUUCACUCAUUCCCAGGUUGAUAUUUAUAUAGACCAAGACCAGGUGGACGAGACACCGCCUUUGGAAGGAUCUUCUACGGCCGUGCCCUCUUCUUCUCGAGUUUUUGGGGAGGACACAUAUGCGCACAAUGUUUCUGUGCAGAGAGAAAUUGAUGAAGUUCUGGAUGCAUUUAGGAGGAAUGACGUCAUGUUUAUGGAGCGAAAACUGGAGAGUCUUAAGCCCACUGCUCAACCAAUACAGCGCCCAGCUGAAGAAAUGUUUCCGAACGAGCAAAAAGACGAGUUCACCUUUGCGGAGCCUGACUUCGAAUGGGUCAACGAGUUCGAGCGACUCCCUCAGAAACCAAUUGCACAUCGUCGAGUUGAGGCUUUGAAGGCGAAUGCGUUGAAAGGCGAAAUAUCUCCUCCUUAUCGACACAUUUUCUCUGCUGCUUCGCCGUUCGCCAGGCCUACCUCCUCUAGCACUCCUUUCUCACCCACAGCUCAAAAGUUCCUUUACAAGGAAAAGGGGUUGCUCCCCAUGAAACCCGAUUACUACAGAAUUGCCUUUGAUUGCGACAGCGAAGAAUACGAAAAUGAAAUCGAGAGUGAAACGUUAAAUCGGAAAUCAGCAAGGAAUUUAGCAAUACUGAACAAGAAGAAGCACAAGCGCUACAAGAAAAUCAGGAAAGGCAGGAGGUAUUGCCGCAAAUCUAGCAGUUAA